AAUUUCAAUGCCCCGGAGAUAAUUUAUAUCCGUAUAUCGCACACAACUUUUCAUUUUCUCAAGCUUUGUGAACAUUUAAAUCUAUCUCCGGCAUAUAGUGAGAGAAAACCGCAGAGACUUGGUUGGAAACUCUUGAAUGGAUUUGUGUUCUUUGAAAUUUGAAACUGCGUCCGUGUCAAUAUCGCAUUGAAAAUAAAAAUAAAAAAUACCGAUUAUUAAGGGGACCACGACGCAGGAAUCGGUAUAGUGUGACAAAAUCUCCAUAUGAAAAAUAAACAUUUUAUAAUCCGCCGGGAGGACUUUAUUAGUAUGGAGCAAUUAUCGGCAUAAACUUAAAAGAAAAAACCCAUUGGGAAAACAUGGCGCAGACGGAGUCACAGAGUCCGGACGGAACAUUCACGUUGUUCGUGGUUUUACCAACGGAAAAAGUGUGCACUCUGAGAUGUCUCCCUUCUGGUAUAUAUGUAAACGAUGUAAAAGGAAAAUUAGAACUUGCUGCAGGUAUACCGUCCUAUGUGUAUAUGCUGACUUACCCAGAUGGUGAAUGUUUAAGUGACAAGGAACGUCUGCUCAUCCAAGAAAACGUGAGAGAUGGGUAUCUUUUGCGCGUCCAAAUACUUGAAAACUGGGAAACUUUAUACCAAGCAGUGAUCCAGAACAAUACGGAACAUGUUUAUCACAGCGGUGGAGUCCAUAUGAAAGGAAAUAUCGUUGUUGGUCAAGAUGACAACGGGAAAAUUGAAAAUAUGGUGCACGAACGAUCAACGGCUGCUUUGUACAUCGCUGCGUAUGCUGGGCUUGUAAAGAUGUGCACCAUGUUGUUGUCCAUUGGAGUGAAAGUAAAUGGAUGCACUCAUUUUGGACGAACAGCACUACAUGCAGCCGUUUGCAAGGACCGAAUUCAUAUUGUCAACUUGCUUUUGGACGCUGGGGCCACAGUUCAUGUUUACGAUACGUAUUCUCAAACUCCUGUGAAUGUUGCAAAAUCGUACAAUUCAUUUCAGUGCGAAAAAAGACUUCGUCUUAUGCAAUUAAAUCUUCGAGGUCUGAAGGAUUCACAGGCCGCGAGUGUAAGCAUUGCUCCUUACCGCAGCAAUAGAAUAUCAAGCACACCACACAUUAUCCAUCACAACAACGAAGCAUUGAAAAGAAACAUCAAACCUAAAGCAACAUCUGCCGGGGCAAACAGGGGGCUUCUUGAUUCUUCUUCAUCCAACAGCUGUGAACCAAAGAAACUUUUAUCAGCACGCUCAGACAAGAGCAACAACGCAAUCAAAUCAAAUGCUGCUGGAUAUUGGGUGAUAUCCCAACACAACACUAGACCAAGAGAAUUAGAUGGCGCUUUAGAGAGAAGAUAUCUGAACUUUUUAGAGCAUCACGACAAACUUAUCCAUAGUAAACAAUAUCCAUUAUCUGGUAGUAAAUUUCAAAUUAUAAAGUUCAAAAAAGAUUCCUCGGAGAUGAUUGUUGGAAAACCUACUGUUUCUGAAGAAUCUAGGGCAACACAUGGCAGGAUAAGAGCCCCUGUAAUAGUCAAUACUGUUGAAGAACAGACUGACACUGACAACUUCGUAGGAUCAGAAGUAAACCAUACACCUGACAUUGAAAAUCCGAGUUCCUCGAGUUCUCCAAGACAGCCAGUUGAAGGUGAUGGACCCAUUAUUCGGAAAAGCAGCUUAAGAUCGAAAAGCCCACAGUCGCCGAAGAGAGUUCGAUUUUCAGCAAAAGCAAGAUCUGUAAAGAAUCUCGCAAAACCAGAAACUAUGGAAUCCUUUAAAGAACUAAAAAGAAAGAUUUCCAUUGCUGCUAAUCGCACAGACAGUGCGAGAUCUACAUCUUCAAGAAAUUCUGGAAUUACGCAUGAGCGCUGGUUACAGAGAAAGCAAGCCCAGCAGCGGAAAUUCAAAUCCGAAUUCUCAGAUUCAAGUGACUCUGAUGACAAUGGAAGUGACACUAAUGCAUUCAAAGAAUGGAUACAAAAGAAGAGGGAAGCUAAUUAUGGUCCCCCAAGGCCAGUAACUCGCCCGAUACCGGGCCUGAUACAGAUUGGAUCAACUGAUGUUGGAGAUGGAAGAAAUCCGAAUCCCAUUCAUAACAUCAAAUCAUACAAUUGCUGGAUUGGGAAAAGGCAAAAACCAAAAAGGAUUCCGAACAUUGAGAGACUUAAAACAAUGCAGGACUUCAUGUCGUAUAAGAAGAAGUUGGAGGAGAAACGACAGCAGUUGUUGAUGAACGCCAUAACUUAUGAGGAAUGGAUGGAUUAUCACGAGGAGAAGAAAGUUUUAAUCCAAAAAAUACUCCGUGCAGAUCUGGAGCAACUUAAAAACAUGGAAAAAGAAGAUUUUAUGAAAAAAGCUCCACAUCAGAUUCCUUAUGAUGGUUGGAAAGAAAAAGCCAUGAAAAGAAAGGAAGAGGAGCUUGUUAGACGUGAAAAACAAAGAAAAUUGCAGGAAGAGGAGGAGCGAUACAACAAAGAACAUGGACGCAGUAGUGCUGCAAUCCCACAUACAGAGUGGUUGCGGUUAAAACGAACUCCUCGAUACGCAACAUCUCCCCGACCUGACUCUAUGUGCGGUUCUGCACAAACUCGAAAGGAGGCUGAAGAUGCAUAUGAAAAGUGGUCAUCUGGAGGACACGAAGAUGCCAAGACUCCAUUGCAAUCUGAAAAACCAAUACGCAUGCUUCAGAAGAGUUUAUCGCCACUGGUCAGCGUACAAUAAACCCUUUUGUCUUUCGUUACUUAUUUGGGCUGCUUUCGUGCAAUUGGAAUUUCACAAAUUAUAUUCAUUAUUUCGUUUAUUUUACAAUGAAUACAGCACCAAUGUAGAAUCAGAAGUGUUUUUGUGAUGAUGCCACUUGUGUACAAUUUUAACGUUUCUAUCCAUGUAGUUUCGUACUUAAAUAAGUAAUUCUAUAGCUAACUCAAAUGAUUCAGUAAAGCUUGACAGUACCA